AUGGCUACAUCGAACAGAUCUAGUGUUGCUCUCCCGGAGUCCUUUUCUGGCAGGGAUAUUGAGUUUUGGUUGCGUAAAUAUGAGCUUUGCUCCGAGGCAAAUGAGUGGAAAGAGGAUAUUAUGUUGAAACGCUUGCCUACUCUUCUAUGUGGAAAAGCAUUCGCCGUGUUUGAACGACUUGAAGGAGAACAGAAAGCGUCGUUUAAGAAUGUGCGUGAAGCGCUCGUUGCCGCUUUCGGAGGAGAUGCGACCGGGAUGCAUAUAGCAAUGAUGGAAUUUCGCAAACGAGAGCGUAAACCUGAGGAGGAUAUUCAAGUCUUCGCGUACAAUUUGGAGUCAUUACUAAGACGCGCAAUGCCUAAACUGGGCGCAAACGAACGUGAUAUUCUGCUGAAACAACAAUUUAUCGAAGGGAUAAAUUUCCUAUGGCGAAACGGUGUCGGCGGCGCAAAUUUUUUUUCCGUAGACAGUCGGACUCCUCAUUGAUAGUCGGACGCAUCAUUGACCCGCGCCCUUUGACAAAACAUUCAGCGGAUACUCUUCUUAUUAGAUGCGCCUUCCCAGUGUGUCUUGCGCAUGCAGUUGGUGAUUUUAAAAUAUUGCAUUGCUUGGUUGAGAUGUCAAGAUCUGAGUAGGACACAUUGUGGCUUCAUAUCUUGUGUGGCGAUGACAUCUGACAAAUUUUACUAAGUUAUAUUCGCCAUUCCCACUUGCUUUUCUUUGCUUUUGUAACUGUUUUUUGUAACUCUUUUCUUCGCCUCUGUAACUCUUUAUAAGUUUCAUUGUUUUCGAUUCCAUAAUUCUGAAAUUCUGCAAUAUCUUCCGGAGCGAUUGCAGAAUACCCGUCCUGGCCGUCCACUUUUAAGCCAUGCCUUUCAAACAUCAUGGAUAGGAUGUAUCAAUACAUCUAUAUUUAGUCUCAAUAGAUUAAUUAAUAAAUAGAUUGAUAGAUUAAAAUCCCAUGGUGGUAAAGGUAGCUACGAGGCAUACAGUGACUUAGCAUUAAUAGCUUAAAUUGUCAUAGUGUUAAAAGUAGCUGUAUGUAUAUUCUAGUGGAUACGCAGUCAAAUAGUUAUUUUGAGAAUGAGGCAUACAGUUAGAUUAGCAUUAGAUCAAAUUCUCAUGCUAUAGGUAGCUCUAUAUUUUAGUGGAUACGCAGUCAAGUAGCUAUUUUGAGAUUAAGGCGACAGUUAGUUGGCAUUAAUAGAUUAAAUUCUCAUGCUAUACAGAGCUUAAAUCAUAAAUGUGGUGUAAUAUGUAAAUAUAUUCUUCACAACCGGAACUACCGGACAUUAGUGUUUGACAGAUUAUGAUUAAUUAGCGUCGCUGGGAGAAAAAAAAUUAUCUUAUAAAGCAUACUAAGCACAAUAUUAAAAAUUAAAAGUCUUAAAUGAUAUUUCUUUUAUAGUAUCAAUUCGUAAUAUUGUCUUGGUAAUUAGUUGUGGAAUUUAGAACGAGGCAAUAAUAUCUCAUAUAUACGUAUCCAGCGAAAUAGUGGCCGGGCUACAUGAUGUGAUAUUACUAGUGGACGGGUAUUCUGCAAUACUUCUAUUUGUUUUUAACUCGCAAUAACAGUUCUUGAGUAUUUUCGGAACCAGAAAAACAAGUUUGUAGAUUUACAAUGGUAUCGCGAAGCAUAUCGUUCAUCUUUCCGGCGUGGUCGAAGAACAACGUGGAAUGAUGGAUAUAUGGUGCACCAGUGGGUUACACAGGGUACGAAGGGAUCCAUCGAUAACGCGCAGAGGCCUGGACGCGGAUCAAUGAUGCGUCCGACUAUCAAUGAGGAGUCCGACUGUCUACGGAAAAAAAAUUUGCGUCGACGGCGCAACAGCUAGAUUUGGCCAUUAAAUUUUCGUCAAACGACAGCGUAAGCCAUAUCAACCAAACUACCGCAAGCUCGACCGCAAGUAGAUAUCAACCUGAAUCGCAGUCAACUAUUAUCACCCAGAUGAUGGCAAAUAUGGAAAUAUUGACCGAAAAAGUCAACCAGCUGUCAGACAACAUGACCAGAGUAAACGCGGUCACAUCAAGAAUUCCCCCACAGCCACGAUCCAGGGCAUAUUUCCGUUGCGGCAAUCAAGGCCACAUUGCUCGAGAAUGUUGGAAUCCAUCUCGUGCCAGAACAGAGCAUCGACAGCGCGAGACGGAAAAUUAUUGUUUCGUUUGCGGGCAAAUCGGACAUUUUGCUCGUCAAUGCCCCAAUAGAUUCCAGUCCCCAGCAGCGCGUCAACAGGGAAACUACAUCGGGUCGACCCGAUAUUAGGCCGCGAGUCUACCCGCAACGAUAUGGCCUUACCAAUACAUUGUAUCCAACCGACCGGAGUUUUUAUCGACGCACGUAUUGAGGGACGUGAGCAAAAAUGUUUAGUAGAUACAGGAGCCUCCGUAUUUUAGUAAGUCGUCAAUUGGUCCCUGGUCCUUUGACACCAUGUUCUCUGAAAGCACGAGGAAUCGGCAAUGAAGAACUUCAAAUUCUUGGUCAAGCAAAACUACAGUUCCAGUUGGGUAAGGAUGUUGUUGCCGUUGGCAUGACUAAUACUUGUAUUUUGGGUGCUGACUUUCUAAAAGCUAGCAAAAUGCUGGUCGAUGUAGGAAAUUCGAAGUUGUCCUGGCCGGGUGGUAACGUGCCACUAGCUGUAGAGCUUACAACCCCAUCAGUCAAUAAGUUGAGUGUCUUAUUGGAGAAUUAUGCGGAUGUGUUUGUCAACGGUUGGGUUGUACUCGAGACACGGAACAUUUGA